AUGGGAAACUCAUCUUCGAGGCACACAGCCUCUAAUCAAACCACAUUCGAGCUUGGGUCCACAAUACCUAAUAACAUCUACCCGCACUCCAAGCAAGACUAUGACAAUAACAUCUUGAAACAAUUGAUCCUAAAUCGACGCCUAGGACCAUUCUACAAAGGUCAGGUAGAACCACAAAUGUCUCCCAGGGGAUCAGUAGAAUGUCCAAUUUGUUUUUUGUAUUACCCUUCGGAUAUCAACUAUACUCGCUGUUGUGAUCAGCCGAUAUGCACCGAAUGCUUUCUGCAUAUAAAACCCACACCAGACACAUCGCAGGCCAGUUGUCCUUAUUGUGUGCAGGACACAUUUGGGAUCAUCUAUAAUUCAUGGCACAUUAACAAGAAUACUGAGAUCCAACACACCACUUUUGGACAAUCUCCUACUCGAAAAAGAAGGUGUGCAAUUGAACCAGCCAGUCCAAGUGUAGUGCUUGUUGGCCAUCUACGACUGCCAAAGAGACAAUUCAAUACGAAUGAGAUUAGACAGAGAUCAUACUCUGACCGAGACACGGUAGACCUGGAAUCCUGGAUGGUUCGACAAGCCGUUCGACAGUCUAUGAAUGAAUACCGUCGAUCUAAUCGAAUAAAGCUCGAAGAAAGUCCUGGUGUACUCGUUUAAUAAAUCUAUAUAUACACACCUACAUACAUACAUAUAUACAUACAUACAUACAUACUUAAUUACCUAACGACCUACUAUAUACAUACAAGAUAUCUAUAUGCACACUAUUAUACUAUACUAUAUAUAAAAUAAAGAUGAUGUGUACAAC